CUAGCUAAAACUUCUUCCCUCGUUUUUUAACCACUCUAAAACCCUAACUAAACCCUAUUUCCAUGGCGAUUGAAACUAUAUGAUUCAUCUUUAAACCUUUACAAUUGUCAGUUAAACGAUUAUGGAAAUUGAUCCAUUACAGUCGGAUACCGAUACACUCGUGCAGAAAUCAGAAACCUUCAAAAAUCUUUCAAAUGGCUCAAUAUCUUCUUAUAUUUCGAAACUUUCAGGAUCAUCUAGGGUUUUACCUUCAGAGAAAGACUUUCACUUCUACUACAAUUUUGACGAGUUUAGAAAUCCAAUUAAUGAAAUUAGUUCUAAGUCUCAGUCUAUGAUCCAACAAAUUGAUGCAGCAAUGCAGCUGUGGGGUGGGAGAGAAACAGAGUUUCCUCAAGAAUUUGAUGAUGAAUCGUAUGAUUGGCUCGUAAAUGUUAAUGAUGAAAUUUUUGAAAGGUUUGAUAUGUCAAUGGAUGAGUUUUCGAGGUUGCGAAAGGCAGAAGAAGAAGCGGCUAGGGCUCGACCAACUAUUGAUGAGAAUGGAUUUCAAUUGGUUUCUGGGCACAAGAAACAGGCUCCUGUUCAUUGUGGGAUGACAGAAAAGGAGGAAAAUGUAUCUUCUUCUACUGUGCGGGUUGUCGAGAGGGAUAAAAAGACGGAAGGACCAAAGUCUAAGGUUCCGUUUCAUAUACCGACGAUCCAGAAACCGCAGGAGCAGUACAACAUAUUGGUAAAUAACUCUAAUCAGCCAUUUCAACAUGUAUGGUUGGAGAGGAGUGAAGAUGGCUCAAGGUUCAUUCACCCUUUGGAAAAGCUAUCAGUUCAUGAUUUUGUGGAAUGUAAUAUUGAGUCUCUUGAGUCAAUGAAGCCACUUCAACUAGAAUCUACUCCAUUUAAAUUGGUCGAGGAAGUGAAGGAUUUAAAGGAGUUAGCUGCUAAACUACGGAGCGUGAAUGAGUUUUCUGUCGAUCUGGAACACCAUCAGUACCGGUCAUUUCAAGGAUUGACUUGCUUGAUGCAAAUAUCUACCAGAAUGGAAGAUUUUGUUGUUGAUACUUUGAAAUUGCGAGUUCAUAUCGGUCCAUAUUUGAGGGAAAUGUUCAAGGAUCCUACUAAGAGGAAGGUAAUGCAUGGAGCUGACAAGGAUAUUUUAUGGCUUCAGCGAGACUUUGGCAUUUACGUAUGCAAUUUAUUUGAUACAGGCCAGGCUUCAAGAGUGCUACAAAUGGAGAGAAACAGUUUGGAGCAUCUUCUUCAGCAUUUCUGUGGAGUUAAUGCAAACAAACAAUACCAAAAUGCUGAUUGGAGGUUGCGUCCACUUCCACAUGAGAUGAUAAAGUAUGCCAGAGAAGACACGCACUAUCUAUUGUAUAUAUAUGAUUUGUUGAAAAUGAGACUGCUUUCAGAGUCAACGGAUCCUAAAAACUCUAAAGAGCUCCUACUAGAGGUUUACAAGCGCAGUUAUGAUAUAUGCAUGCAACUUUAUGAGAAAGAGCUACUGACUGAUACUUCAUAUCUUUACAUAUAUGGUGUCCAGGCAACUGAUCUUGACGCUCAACAGCUGUCCAUUACUGCUGGCCUCUGUGAGUGGAGGGACACAAUUGCCCGUGCAGAGGAUGAAAGCACUGGUUAUGUUUUGCCAAAUAAAAUACUGUUGGAAAUUGCCAAGCAGAUGCCUCAUACGACAAAAAAGUUACGACAUCUGAUAAAAUCAAAGCAUCCAUACGUGGAACGUAAUCUCGGUUCUGUGGUCAACAUCAUCAGGCGUUGUGUUGAAAAUGCUUCGAGUUUUGAAGCAGCAGCUCAGCAACUGAAGGAUGGUCGACUUAAAAUGGCACCCAAAUUAAAUAGUGCUGAGACUGAUAUUGACAAUGAUGGUGAAGCUAAUGUUAGCCAGCUUAAAUUUUCUCCAGAUUAUGUGCAUAUGAAAGAAGAAAGUUUGAAGUUUGCUGACCAUGAUCCUAAAUUAAGGAAGGAUAAAGUUGGCUUUUCAUUGGAAGAGAUAAGUCAGAACAGGAAUAUGGCUAUAGAUGCUAAUGAUGGAAUUGUUGUUCCUGAAUGUCAUAGAGAACAGCAGGCCUUUUCCAGUCAAAAAAGUGUUCCUGAAGCUACUGUCCAGCUGCUAAAGAAGCCAGGUCGUGCUUUUGGGGCACUUCUGGGGAGUUCUUCCAAAAAGAAAACUGGGCUGAAUAAGGAUGGAGACAAGUUGAAGGAGAUUAAAUCAUCUGUAAAUCUUCCGUUUUACCACUCAUUUUCAUACAACUGGGAGCAGGAAUUGAAGCAAGAGCCUAAACAAACACCGAAAGAGCCAAAUGAAACCUCUAAUACUCCGCUCAUGGGGGAGUGCCCUUGUGAAGCUGAUUUGAGCAUCAAGUCAAAAGAUGCGUCAACUGAUGAUGGGCACCCUUUUGCGUCAGUGUCAAACUCCAAAUUAGAUGAUAUUAUCUUACUGACUGGUGAUUCUAGUGACAAAGAACUCACUGAUAGUUCAGCUCGAGAUCAAAUUUGUGCGAAAUUGAAUGAUCAAGUUGCUUCUGAACAAGAAUUGGUUGCCCCGGACGUGGACAAAGACAAGGAUGAUGAGCAGAUUUCGUUAUUGGAUUUGUCAUCUAGUUUCCAGAAAUGCUUGCAGUCCGUUAAUGACAAUAAAGCCAGCAAACAUGAAACAAAGUUCAAAGAAACUAGCAGCUCUCAGUUUAAGCCAUUUGAUUAUGAAGCUGCACGGAAAGGGUUGAAGUUUAGUGAGGUUGCAGAAAAAGAAUUAAAAACUGGUGAUAAAGUUGACAAUCGCUUUGGCAAGAAAAAAACGGUUGUCAGCAAUGGGCUCAAGAUAGACGAAGGUAUACUUCCUGAAGGUAAAAAACGUCAAGCUUUUCCUUCCAGUGGCAAUCGAAGUGCUACAUUCAGGUGAGUUAGAACCGGCCCCUUCAUUUUAUUUCCUUGUACAAUGAGGACGUGAUUAGAGAAUAUGAUGAAUAGUCGGAAACUCAUAAAAAAUCUAGAGCAUCAUAUUGAUUUCUAUACUUGCAAUGGGCAAAUUUUCAUCGAGUCAAGCACAUUACCGGAACAUAUAGUAGUCGAAUACAUUAAGUUUACACAGAAAUGAAACUGGCCUCAAAUUCAGGUCUUAGGAAUUAGGAAGCUUUACUUGGUGAGAUCGCAAUUGUCCAGCAUUUUUGGGUACUUUUUAAAUUUUUGUAUUUCCUUUAAUAUGCCAUCAUUUUUAGUCCCUCUACUCAUGAAUUCGUAUUUAUGUCUAUUUAAAUUUGUGCCGCUUUGUGUAUUAUUUUCCUUUUUGGCAAUUAUUUUACUCUUUUAAUGUGCAUACUUCUCUUCAUUUGUCUCAUCUAUUUAUUUCCUCCACCUACUUAUGAUUUUGUCUUAUUAGUUAUUAGUUAUUACUCAAUUUGAUAUUACAUUUAAUAAAAAGAGGUAAUGGGGACAUUGAAUGUAUUACUUAAAAUAGCGUUGUCUUUUAAUGGAGUCUAUUCCCAAAAUAUGGCUUAAAAAAAAAUAAUUCCCACUUUGCAUUAUUUGGGAAAGUAUUUCCCACAAUACCGUCCACGUGGAAAAUUUAAUUUUUUUUUUUCAGAUAAAACCGCCAUCUCAAGUGGCGGUUUGCCUUAACCACAAAAACGCCAUCUGAAGUGGCGGUUUGGUCCAGGUAAACCGCCACUUCAUGUGGCGGCUUGCUUGUGACUUGAUUUUUUUUUUUUCUUUGCCUUAAUUUUUUUUUCUUUCAUUUUAAAAUAGUGAACGCAACAUGCAUUAAACUAGUUCAAUACCAUCUAUUCCAUAAUAAUCAAUUACGAAUCGGCUUGUUUUGAAAAAAAUAAUUAUGAAACUAAUGCAAAGAUAUAUUACAAUUAUGGAAACUCAUACAAGAAGUUCAAGUCGUAUAAGAAUAUACAAAGCUUGUUAAACUACAACCCCCGACCCCUUUUGUUUUGCACACCGGUCGAUGAGAUGGUGUGAACUCGUCAACCUCCGCUACUGGGCUCGGCAUCGCCAUGAUCGCUGAAACAUACAUAAGUGUUAUAAAAAUCAUUUAAAUAUUAUUAGAUUCAACAUGUUGUUACAAAAUUUAAAAAAAAAACAUACUUUGUUGACCUUCGAGGGCAUGUUUUCUUAUUAUGACCACUACAUCCACAAAAGGUACACGAGUUACGAGGACGCGUCAACGGUGCAUCCAUUUCGUUCUGUAUACGAGUUGAUCGCGGACGACCCUGUGCACGCUUCGUUGAGGGAUCUGGAA